CCUCACGCACCUCGCUCGUAGAUAAAACCGAUAUAAGCUUGCAUUUAUCUGGCAACCAAUCCUGAUAAUAACUACUUUCAAUUUAUAGUAUGGGAUAAACGUCACGGAAAGAAAAAAAAAUUGAUGGUAUAUGUUAGCGUACGACGUUAGUCAAUUUUAUUUUAGUAUUUCAGUUGACAAGGCAGUGGUUACGCAGAAGAGAAGCAAUAUGUUUUCGCAUAUUCUCAUUUUGCUUUUAUGCUUGGAAUAUGGAAUGACAGAAGAACCAGACACUUCAUCCUGUAGCAUCGAGAAAACAAUUACGCUGUCGGCACUUAAUGAGAAGGAACUGAGAGAAAAGCUGGAACAACAACUCGAGUCCGUUUUGCUUGAGAAUCCAAAUGCAGACAUCAGCAUUUCCAUGGAAUUUAACCAUGCCGUUCCAACCGAGCCACAGCAGGGCAUUGGUAAUUGUGAUGUAAAAUAUAAUGACAAAUGCUUCCGUGUCAUUGUAUAUCCGACAAAAAACAUUUCCUUCAGUAAUGCUGAAGCCAUUUGCAGUGAAGUCGGCUGGAAACUUGCUAAUGUUUAUGACGAAGCUCAUUACCAGAAGCUGAUAUCGUACAUGCGCCCAAAGAUUUAUUCCGACUAUUUCAGUGUUUGGACUGGAUUAAAGUACAUGGACUCUCACCUUCUUUUGACAAAUGGUGAAGCAAUUACCCUUCCACGAGGCACGGUUUGGUACCCUGGUCACCCAAAAUCAAAUACCGAUUACACAAAUAUAGGGAUAGAUGUUAAUAGGAAUAAAAAAUCUGAUCACCCCGGCCAGGGAUUAUUUAACAUUGUGGCAACCAGGAAUUAUCACGGCGCUCUUUGUGAAAAACAACAGUUGACAACAAAUCCGUAACAACAGCUAUUACUAAAACCAAGCUUGUUUUGUGACUGUUUGACUAUUGUCAAGCUGACUUCUGACUGACAUUUGGUAUAUUUUUUUUCCAAAGAAAAUAAACAUUAAAGUGGAAGCAGAUGCGAAACUUUCUCGAAUUUGAGUGAUGUAUUUAUACUUUGUCUUCAUCUGAUUAACGCUAUGUCAUAUUUUCGUUACAGUAUGAUCGUUUUAUUUUCGUUACAUUCUUCGCUCACUAAAGUCACUCACUCACUAUUUCUUUUUUGCAUUUUUUUUGUUGGUGUUCGUGUAUCAACAACCAUUAGACAUGUUCAUGGCUUCAUCAAUUUUGAUUUUCACCGUUUUCACAUAAAAACAAAAAAAAAAUAUGGGGUAGCCUGAAUAUAAAAGAGCAAUUCGAUGCUUCCAAAAAUGCAUUUUCUAGUUUAAUAACUUUAAUCUUUUCGUUUUGUUCUCAUUCAAAAUUGGUUUUCUAUAAUAAAUAUGUACUGGUCA